AUGGUACAGUCUGAAGAAGAAGUUAUUUUACCCAAGGUGAGGUGUGUAGCAAGGGCAAGAAUCCCUACUACUCAAGGUCCUGAUAUUUUUUUACAUCUUUACUCUAAUGACAGGGAUAACAAAGAGCAUUUAGCUAUUGUUUUUGGUGAGGAUAUAAGGUCAAGGUCGUUGUUUCGUCGGAGAAACGGAGAGUCACAACAAGAUAGAAUGAUUAGAGGUGCAUAUGUGGGGAAACUCUAUCCAGGACGUGUUGAUGCUGAUAUUGACGACCGUCAAGGCCUCGCACUGCAGUUCGAUCAAGCUGGGAAUUUAAUAACAGAUAAUCAAACUACAUGGAACGGUGAAAAUGAUACCUUGAUCCGUGUACACAGCGAAUGUUAUACGGGUGAGACAGCAUGGUCGGCACGCUGUGAUUGCGGUGAACAAUUCGAUCGUGCAGGUAAGUUAAUUGCCUGUGAAAGGGAAGCAUCAACAGGGAUUGUUGGUGGUAGUGGUCACGGUGUUAUUGUCUACCUACGGCAAGAAGGUAGAGGUAUUGGUUUGAGUGAAAAAUUAAAAGCUUAUAAUUUACAAGAUUUGGGUGCUGAUACCGUUCAAGCAAAUAUUCUUCUAAAACAUCCUGCUGAUGGACGUGAUUUUUCAAUCGGUAAAUCAAUAUUAAUCGACCUGGGUAUUAGAAAUAUCAGACUCUUGACGAAUAAUCCUGAGAAAAUUGAGCAGGCAUCUCACCCACCCCUAUUAAACUGUGUUGAACGUGUUCCAAUGGUCCCCAUUCAUUGGACUCAAGAAGGCGAAGGCAUCCACUCUAAGGAAGUUGAAGGCUACCUAAGGACAAAGAUCGAGCGUAUGGGACAUUUGUUACAGAGCCCAUUGAAUCUCCAUUCUGCUACCCAACCAGGCAACGUUCUGGUAUAG